UGGUACAAACACCUGCGACACCGAGCGAGCCGAUGAGAAAUUUGAGAAACUGUACUAAAGUACUAUCUUUGUUCGUCUUUUAGAUUCUGCUGACCGACGCGUUCAUGAUGCCGGUUGUGGUUAGCAGUCUCCCCGGGGAGGUCCUGUGGCGAGCUCUAACGCGAUUCUGAGCCCGGGAUGCCAAGGCUGGAGGACACCGGUUUCCCCCAAGGAAGGCGAUGCCGAGGACAGCUAUGUGAAGGGAGUGCUACGCGCUCCGCGCCCACGACAUGAACGACGACAGAGGCGACAAAGUUACUCCCCACGACCAGAAACGUUGCAGGACCUGCUUCUUCUGUUGCAGCAUGAACGUUGCAUUCCAAAGCUGACUCGCAAGGGAUCUCCGUUUGCAUACUGGCGAGAGAGCUGUCAAUGUGUACCCACGAUUUGUCGAAUUAAAAACUUUAGUGAAGAAAUUCUGUCACAUGCUACUUUCCUUUAAUCAGGUUGAAGGAUUCUCAGACACGUUGUCUAACUGACAGAGUGCUGGGCCCAGGACGCCGGGGGGGUCUGGAGGUGCCGGGAUGGAGCCCGCUCGCUACGGGCCGUAAAGGAAUCGGAGAUGCGCCCUCUGAGUCCGUCAGCCUAGCAGUUAGUGGCUGCUAUUUGCCACCUAAGGAAGAAGCGAGCAGCGGGAGCUGUGACGGCGUCCAUUGUGAAGAAGAGGCGAACGUACGGCGCCAAGCUGGUGACCCAAGCGUCACAUCGGAAGCCGUCGGCGCAAACGAACCAAACGCCACAUGGGACUCUGACCCCGGUGUCCCGUAUGAGUCGGUCGAAGACGCGCACCAGGAUAGUGCGCAGAGAGAUCAGGAGAUGCCCCUCUACAAGCACCGGAAAGAACUUCUACAGUGUAUAUAUUCUGUGCCAACAAUUUUGGUUCAAUCGACAGCCAGCAAGGCAUCUUCGUGUGCAUACAGGCGAGAGGCAAUUUAAGUGUGAUGUCUGUGAGGCGCGGUUUAUUCGGAAAGAUCAUGUAGUUACCAUAUGCGUACCCACACUGGUGGAAAACCAUUUAAUUGUGAAAUCUGUAACGCCAAUUUCACCUUAAAGCAUCAUUUAGUUGUGAUUAUGCGCACCCACACUGGCAAGAAGCCAUUUAAAUGAGAUGUAUGUAAGAGGCAUUUUUUUCCAUAAAUUAGAAUUUAGUUGUUCACAUGCGUAUUCACACUGGCCAGAAGCCAUAAAAGUGCGCCAAAGGGAAGAUACAUUUUACACAAAGAUCUGGCAUUGUUAAACACCUUAAAACCUUUAUCAGUAAAAAUGUAUGAAGCCUUUGCUCGUUGUUACUAGCCAUUAAAUUUUUAAAUGAUUUACGCUCCAUAAGCAGUUGUUAUCUCAUGAUUUUUUUCCGCGGUAAUGCUACUUCUAGAACGUUUUGUCGAAUGUUUGACGUAAAAAUAUGUGAGUUUUGUUUUCUUUUGAGCUCACACGAUAUGUUGAAUUAAACACUUUUGUGGAUAGUUAUGUGUCGUUUGCCUUAAUCUAGUUAAACGAUUUUUUAGAUCCGUUGUCUGCAUGUUUCUGCCCCAAUGUCCUUCUCUGAUGACCCAGUACUGCACAUGCAUGCCGUUGAGGGUGGUCCUGCAGUGCGGCCACGACCAGCUCUAACGCGGUAUUUUUUUUUGUCCACAGAUGCUGAACCCGUAACGCCGAGAAGUUUGGGGGUGGCCGCGAGGGUGGCCGGCAUCUUCCCACUCGUUACGGAGCCGUACGUAAAGGAAGAGGACCUUGACGCACAGGGUGAAUUCCUUGGCCUGGUGGUCACUGGCUUCUUUUCGCCCCCUGGCCUGCAGAAGGACGAAGAGGACAGCGCUAGCAGCUUCAAUGGUGACAAAGGGACGGAUGAGAUGCGCCAUGAGGGUAACAAAAAGGACCCAGUGGAAGACGUCGGCCACAACGUCGCCAACGCCCAGUGCGACCCUGAUCCACGUGUCGCGUGUAAGCCAGCCGAGGAGGGGGACCAUGGCAGCGCGCAGGACGACCAGGAGAUGUCUCUGCCGAAGAGGAAGCGCAACAAGGUGUACUCCUGCAGCGAGUGUGGUGUGAAAUGUCAUUCUAGUGCUGACCUACAUACCCAUUUACGCUUGCACCUUUCAAAAUACUUCAAGUGUACAUUCUGUACCGAGACGUUUUGUUCCAAGGCAGAUCUUAAUAGGCAUAUUCAUCAGCAUAGAAGACCAUUCAAAUGUGAGGUCUGUAAUGCGCGAUUUGUCCGCGAAAAUAAUUUAGUUUACCAUAUGCGUUCCCACACUGUCAAAAAUCUGUUUACGUGUGACAUCUGUAAUGGUAGUUUUGUACAUAAACAUAAUUUUGUUCAUCACAUGCGCACCCAUACUGGUGAGAAGCCAUUUGAAUGUGAUGUCUGUCAAGCGCGAUUUGCGCGCAAAGAUAAAUUAGUUAACCACAAGCGCACCCACACUGGUGAGAAGCCAUUUAAAUGUGAUGUGUGUAAGAGGCGUUUUGCCCGCAAAGAUCAUUUAGUUGUUCAUAUUCGUAUCCACACUGACCAGAAGCAAUAAAGUGCACCAAGUGCAAGAUUCAUUUUACACAACGAUCUACCCUUGUCAUCACAUUAAAGCCCCCACAAGUAGAAGUGUAUAAUUCGUGUGCCCUUUGUGACUAUAGCCAUUUGUUAUUUUAUUUUUCAAUAAUUUACGCUCUGCUGAGGUGUUACUUAAUAAUUAAGCUCCGUGGAAACGUCACGUUUAAAACAUGCUGUAUAAUGCCUGCGGUAGAAAUAUUUAAGUUUUUUUCAUUAUUUUAUUUUUUUAGAGCUAUCGAUGUUUAUAUUGUCGGAUGAAAAAACUUUUGUUGAUAAAUAUGUGUCAUUUGCUUUAAUCUGGUUCAAUGGUUUUUAAAUUCGGUGUCUGUCUGUCUGCAUUAGUUAGUGGUUCCACACAGAAAUAUGAUCCUUCUCUUUACCAGUCCCUGUCUCUUGCACAACUGUCACCGCGUCCCUGUGACCCAGUGCACCACGAGCAUGCCGUUGCCGGGUUGGUCCCUCUUGCAGUUAUUUCCGGCUCUUUCGCGAUGUUGUUUGGAAAGUGUUAGGCCCGGUUCGCCGAAGGCCUUAAAGGUGACAGGCAUCCGCCCGCUCUGACUGUAAAUGUUUACACACGAUUUGUCGAAUUAAAAACUUUUGCGAAUAAA